AUGGAGUCUGCCACUGCAGACCCCGCUCCCGAAACUGCGCCUGGAUCGUCCACAGAGCACCAUCCUGGCCGCCUGGCUCCAAGCGAAAAUGACGUGAUAUCCUCUGGAACCUUUGCGGUCCCAGAUGCUCUGGAGAAUGUCAGGAAAAGUGCACCUGGUAAAAGUGUGGCAGAGCCUGGCUCAGCAAAAGUGAACGCGAAUGUUUCAGACCCUCUUGUCUCGGACAAGCAGCAAGCCAAUUCGUCGGUUCUGCUGUCUCCUUGUGGUGUUGACCGGAAAGCCGGAUAUGUCUAUGAGCCUCCCUCGUGGGGGCUCGGAGGUGUCCAUACAGCGACGGACGAAGCGAUUCAGCGGGCGUGCGACCAUCCAGAGUUCCCAGAUUUGAUGCUCGAAGUGAUCAGAGAAGGUGUCGUCGUCGAUCAGAUUCCGCUGCAGGGCAGAGGCUGGUGGCUCCUCGGAAGUCUAAAGGAGACCGCUCACGUUCUCUACGAGCAUCCGUUUGUCUCGCGAAGACACUUGGCUCUCCAGUUCGCAGCCAAGCCGCCGUUCAACUUGUAUUGCAUCGAUCUGCAGAGCUCGUAUGGGACCGUGUGCAAUGGGACGCACCUCAAACCCCACGAGCCGUUCUUGGUGUACAGGGCGAGGGCAGCCUCCGGUGCCUCGCUUGCUUCUGCGAACUCAGCCCUCAUUCCUUCUCCCCCCUCGUCGCCGUCAGUGAGCGGGUCUGAGCUCUCCGGUAGCGCCCCAUCUCCGGUACAGGAAGACCGCAGUGAAGAUGAGCCGAGUGGCCAGGAGUCGGUGUUCGUUGUGGGAGGACGCGAAAAUACGCGCCGCAUCUUUGUGAUUAAAAAGAGAAUGAAGGGGGCUCAGUUUCCGUUUGAGGCGGAACACGCGCCGCCACAAACGGAUGCCCCUACGGGAGCGACGUUGAAGAGACCCAAGCACAGGAUGGCAAAUUCACAACAGCCUGCCGCCUCACGUGUGGACAGUGCUAAGAACGGCCAAGUCGGCAAAGACGCUAUGCCAAGCUCUAGGACGCCGACAAAGGAUCAGGAGAGGCAAGGCGGAGCGGCGAGAGCUUCUUCAAGACAUGUUGAUUCAGAAGGGACAGAGGACGAGGCGGAGAAAACGCUUGCAGAGAAAGGCGAAAUCCUGGAAGGAGAGAAGGGCGAGGCUUUCCUCGAAGAACUGAGGAAGGCGAGAGAGAAGACGAAAGCGGCGACACCCCCGAGUGAAGCAGUCGAGUUGAAGCGUCGCACAUUCGUCGGAAAACAAGACGAUGAGGCUGCUGCUUUGGAUGAGGACGAGGAAGAGGAAGAGACAGCAGAAGAGCGAGAAAGGCGUGAGAGGUUGGAAGCCAACUGCGAAGCAAUGAUGUUCGAUGAAGACGAUGAUUUCUUUGACCGCUCUGUGGCUGAGAAGACGGGAUCAGAUGCGCAGAGGAAACGGAAGAAGACAACAGAAGAGCCCCUGACAGCGGAAAAAUUGGAGCGACGUGUGGCCACCCUGAAGCGACAGCUGGAAGAAUGCUCCGCAGAGCUAGCCAGGAUUUCAAAGAGAGAGAGUGAGAAGAAAACUGGCGAGAAAAGGAACGCGACCUCUCAACAGCCGGAGAAAUCCAGCGGUAAUGAUGACGAUGCAGAUGAUUCCCUUGAUGCCUUUAUGAAAGGCGUUGAGCAGUCUCUUGCCAAUCAGGAAAGACAGAAAGUGGAGGAGCAAAUAAAGACUUUGAAGGCCGAACUGAGAGGUGCGAAACGCCUUCUGGCUUUCGCCAAGGCCUAG